UUCUCUGACUGAACCUAAACCCAGGAGUCCUCCGCUAUAUAUAUGUUGGAGGCCUCAUCUCAGCUGGUGUAUGCUGCCUCGUUGGUGAUCCAGUGUCUAAGAGAUCUUAGGGGUCCAUGUUAAUAGAGACUGCUGGUCCUCUUACAGGUUUGCCUUCCUCCUUAGCUUCCUCCAGCUUUUCCCUAAUUCAGCCAGAGGGGUCAGCAACUUCUGUUCAUUGGUUGGGUGCACAUAUUUGCAUCUGAUUUUUUCAGCUGUUUGUUGAGUCUUUUGGAGGGCAGUCAUGGUAGGUCCCUCCAUGGCUUCAGUAACCGUGUCAGGUCUUGGGGCCUCCCCUUGAGCUGGGUCCCACUUUGGGCUUGUCGCUGGACCUUCUUUUCCUCAGGCUCUUCUCCCUUUCUAUCCCUGCAUUUUUUCAGACAGGAAGAAUUAUGGGUCAGAGUGUUGGCUGACCCCACCCCUCACUUGAUGCCUUUGUGCUGGAGGUAGAUUCAAAAAGUUCCCUCUACCCCACUGUAGGCUCUUUAAUCUAUCUCCCCAACCCCCUUUGAGUCCUGAGAGUCUCUCACUUCCCAGGUUUCUGGUAUUUUCCUUCUUCUGGAAGUUGCCUGUUUCCAUUCUUUCUGCUUCAGACCAUUUCCUCCAUGUUCCCCUCUUCCCCACCCCCAUCCCCUUUCCCUGAGUGAGGUAACUCAGACACCAAAGGGAAUGCAUGGUAUGUUCUCACUAAUAAGUGGAUAUUAGCCACAAAAAUAGUACAGAAUAUCCAACAUACAGAACUCCACAGAACUCAAAAAAGUCAACAAGCUGAAGGUCCCAAGUGAGGAUGCCUGAAUUCCACUUAGGAAGAGGGAAAAGGGAAAGAAAUUUUCUUUUAUGUUUUCACUUAUUUAAAAAUAUUUAUGGAGAAUAUUGGGGCUCCCCAAGGACCUUAACCAACAAGAAAUCCUAAUAAGCCAGUCAGAGCAUCCAGACUCCAACCCUGAGGUAUCCUGGAACCUCUAAGGUGCUUCCUUAAAACUCCAUUCUUUUGUACUUGAGCACAUUUUGGUUUAGGAAGAACCACCCAGCAUUAUCUACAAGUGUAACUGGAGUUGGUUCCAAUGAAAUUGUUACUAGAAGUUGGUAUCUAAUCUAGGUGUUUCCAGGCUCCCCUUGUCAUACUCAAAGAAUUAAAGCAAAGGAGCACACAGAUCACAAAUUAGCAAGGAGGUUUUAUUCCAAAACAAAGGGACAGUGCAGAUCAGAUCAAAUAUGCUAUCGAGAGUGACAGUGGGCAAGUUGAGUUAAGAAUUCCAUGUUCAGGCUCCAGAUUUCCAUCUAUACCUUUCUUUGUGGAGUCCAAAACAGGAAGAAGUUUUGUUGCUUCUGGGGUAUUUCUCAACUUUAAUUGGCAGAUUUCAAUAGUAUAUGUUUCUUUUUAUUUUUUAUUUUGUAUCCCCAUUCCCACGAUGUAUCUGAUUUUAAUCAUAUACAUACCCAAACAUGUAUAAGCAUAAUUUUGUAAACCCUUAAAAGUCCAUUCAGAGGUCACAAUCUUUCUUUUCAUGUGUCUAAAAGACAAGACAGAUAGGCUGGUUUGACACAGUUCUCAAGUGUGUUUAAAUGACCAGGGAGCAUUACCAAGGAGUUGCCUAGGAGACUAACUUACUCCAUUGUUCAGAAGUAGAGUACAUAAGGAGAUCAACAUAAGCGGAGUGUCCCAGGUUGCCAAGUGCAUUGUUAGUAGAGGGAUGUGUGCGUAGCCCAAGCCAAGGAGAGUUGUUGAUUGCUAAGCUGUGCCCUAUGCUUCCCUACCUCAAAAUCAACCAGAUGUAUGGCUUUGGAAUCUGUAUACUUCAGCAGUCACACACAUUAGAGCACUUACUUAGCUAAAGUUAACUCCCCAACCGAAUGUAUGCCAUAAAUACAUAAUUUCCAGGUUAAUUGCAUGUAAAAAAUCAAGGCAUACCAGGUGUUAAGAGACUUAGACAAGAAGGUUCUAGGCCAUCUUCCUGUUGAUGAAUCUCAACACUGGGUUUAUAAUGAAGUCUGUUUUUGGCAGGGCCAGAAUUCCCACUGGGGCAUCCUAGCAAGGAGUGACUAAGUGAGAGCCUCACUGUAAAUUCUCCUUUUCCAACAAAUGCAUAGUUUUCUACAUUUGAAGAAUGUUUUAUUAUGGUAACUACACCCCAGGAUAUACCUUCUUAAGAUAAUGUUCAAGAUAUAGCAUUCAGAAACCAGGUAUACAAAUAAAUCAUAAACGUACCAUUUUGUUUUAGAGACCCACCUAGAUGAUGUGCGUGUAUGCAUGUGUGUGUGUGUGUGUGUGUGUGUGUGUGUGAGAGAGAGAGAGAGAGAGAGAGAGAGAGAGGUUUUAAAGAGCAGCAUUCUAAAACAAAUAACAGUAAUGAAAGACAACCUGUGUAACAGCAAGCGCCUUGGGAAUAGUGUUCUGUUUGAGCAGAACUUGAUCUAUUUGCUUAAACUGAAGACCUCUCUCUCUGAGAAUUUAUCUAGGAGAAUGAUCAUCAUCAAUGUGUGUAAUUUAUUUAUGGGUUAUCUCGAUGCCUUUACCACUCAAGAUUAAGAGCAAUUAAAAUCUACUUCUAUCUGAUGAAUGAAAGUGACUUAAUAGAAUAGCACCACUUUUGUUGUUUGUGAGUGAAAUCUGCCUGAGUUUCAAUGGUAACCUUUGCUAUAGAGGCAAUAAUAAGAGUAAGAUGAUUUUCCUUCCAUUUUCGUUUGGCUUUUCCAUGAAAGAAAUAGUGUACACUUGGCACCUAACAUUUAUUGUGCCAUCUGUCUGCUGGUUCCCUUGCUGUGAACAGAUUCACAGGAGCAUGUGGGUGGGGGAGGAUCCUUAGUAGAAUCUUUCCUAAGAAGGUCAGCUCUGUGUGGCACUGACUGCCUUUGACUCAUGCAGAACAGAUAAUACAUUACUUUAUUUGGUUUUCCAUGCUUUAUGCUUUAAGAAGUUGUACAUGUGGUAGUACCACUGCUGGUCUCCAACUUCUCUUUACAUUUUUCUAAGGUAGGAUUUAAAGUGAAAACAAAAAUAUAGGAACCAUAACAACUUGUCAAUGUCAGUGAUUUGCAAAGUCCUGAAUUUAGGAAAAAAAGAGGGAGGGUCUUUUUCUCUGCUUGAUCACUGAGAUUCCAUUUACUGUUACUAACAGGAAUUGGUUAAGAAUGGAUUUUUUCAAGCCCCUAAAGUUUCAACUAGUUGCUGUAUUAUGCCACUGAAGACCCUCAUGUUGUACUGAUGCUCAAUUGAUAGGUGAAAAUUUUUAAGAUAAGAGACGUUAACCAAUUUGCCCAUCUCAUGCCAGGAUUAUUCAGUAGAGUGAAGAAUUUAGAUCAUUUCUCCAAGAAAUUAAUCUAAAUAUCUUAUUGCUAACUAUGAUAGACAUGCUCAAAUUCCUACAAGUACUAUAGGGAUAACUUAAGUGGGAUUGGCUUCUUUUUCUUGCAUAGUGCAAGACCACUCCAUACCUGUGCCCCAUGACCCUGGCAUCUUCAAUAUUCUGACUUCUCCAUUGCAGUGGUCACUCAGGAUCUCUCUAUAGGAAUUCCAACUUUGCUACACAGUAACUGGUCUUAGAUGCUCUCCAUGAACCCAUCAGUGUUGCAUCUUUGCCUUUAAAUCCAGUACCACAUGGACAGAACUUUCAAAACCACAAAGCUUUGCUAACUGGAGAUGUAGCCAAGUUCCCUUGGACCACAGCUAUAUCUACUUCUGAAUGCUGAUGCUAAGGAAAUACAUCCCAAGGCAGUUGCUUUCAAGGAUCAGGGAACCCCCUUCCCUUAGGCUUCCUCAUUUAAAGAAAUUUAGAUAAUCACAAGAUGUUGCCUCUAAUGGGUGGGGUCUUCCCCUUAAGACCACCCUCUACUUUCACAUUGACACAGUCUCUACUACAAGACUGAUCAUUUUACCAGUUACAGCUGCCACUUCAGCACCACCAUGAAUACUGUCCUGCCUUGAAAUUUCUCUAGCCAAACAGAUCAGAACAUCUUUUUCAAAGUUAAUCUCACACAAGCUCUCAGGACACAGGCAGAAUGUGGUUAGAUUCUUGUCCAAAGUUUCACACUAGUCGUCCUUAGUCCAGUUAGUGAUAGAGUACUUGUUACCCUCUGAAGCUUUAUAAGCUGCCCCUUCAACAUGUACCUUUCUUACAGCCUUCACUAGAACAGCCCAUUAAGCUUUGCUUCAAACAUAGUAUUUCAUGGCAACAUACCUAACACUUCCACAUUCCAGCCACAAAACAAUUCAAGUGGCAUGAGAAACACAUAGUUAGGGGUUUAUCACAACAGUACCAAUUUCUGUCUUAGUUUUAUUUCCAGCUGCUAUGGCAAAGCACCCUGACAAAGGUAACUUAUGAGAGAUAGGAUAUAUUUCAGCUCAUAGUUUAAGAGCAUAGUCCAAAAGUCAAGGUAUCGGGAACUUGAAACAGCUAGUCAUAUUCAUAGUCAAGAAGAGAGAAAGAGUGGAUGCAUGCACACUGAGUGCAUUCUCCAUCCCUGUCAUUCUUCUUUUUCCUAGUUUAGGAUUCCAAGUCCAUGGGAUGGUGCUACCCACAGUGGCCAUUUUUCCCAUGUCAUUAAUACAAUGAAGAUAAUGCCUCAUAGACAUGCCCACAGAAGUCUGAAGGAGAUAUUUUGUUGAGACUCUCUUCUCAGAAAUACUCUGUGGUGAAAUGCUUCUGUCUGUUGCCAAAAUGAACACUGAAGAAAAAUGAAGAAGACUGAAGAACUCCAACAAAAAAUUUGCACAACAGAAGUAACCAAAAUCUUCUGGAGUCUUUAAUUCAUCCACAGCCAUCGUAAAGCAAAAAGUUUUUACAUCAUGUUUGGGAAGAAAAAGAAAAAGAUCGAAAUAUCCGGCCCAUCUAACUUUGAACACAGGGUUCAUACUGGGUUUGAUCCACAAGAGCAGAAGUUUACUGGCCUUCCCCAGCAGUGGCACAGCCUGUUAGCAGACACAGCCAACAGGCCCAAGCCUAUGGUGGAUCCAUCAUGCAUCACACCCAUACAACUGGCUCCCAUGAAGACAAUCGUCAGAGGAAAUAAAUCCUGCAAGGAAAGCUCUAUCAACGGUCUGCUAGAGGAUUUCGACAACAUCUCCGUGACUCGCUCCAACUCCCUAAGGAAAGAAAGCCCACCCACCCCAGAUCAGGGAGCAGCUAGCCGCAUUCAAGGCCACUCCGAAGAAAACGGCUUCAUUACUUUCUCACAAUAUUCUAGUGAAUCUGAUACUACUACGGACUACACAACUGAAAAGUAUAGAGACAGGAGUCUCUAUGGAGACGACCUGGAUCUGUACUAUAGAGGCAGCCAUGCAGCCAAGCAAAACGGGCAUGCUAUGAAGAUGAAACAUGGAGAUGCCUACUAUCCUGAGAUGAAGCCUUUGAAAUCCGACCUGGCCAGAUUCCCUGUCGACUAUCACACACACUUGGACUCGCUGAGCAAAGCAAGUGAGUACGGUGACCUCAAGUGGGAUUAUCAGCGAGCCUCCAGUAGCUCCCCUCUGGACUACUCAUUCCAGCUCACGCCUUCCAGAACUGCAGGGACCAGCAGGUGCUCCAAGGAGAGUCUGGCAUACAGUGAAAGUGAUUGGGGACCCAGCUUUGAUGACUAUGAUAGGAGGCCAAAAUCAUCCUACCUGCAUCAGACAAGCCCUCAGCCAGCCAUGCGCCAGAGAUCCAAGUCAGGCUCAGGGCUUCAGGAACCCAUGAUGCCAUUUGGAGCAAGUGCAUUUAAAACUCAUCCUCAAGGACACUCGUACAACUCCUACACCUACCCUCGAUUGUCUGAGCCCACAAUGUGCAUUCCAAAGGUGGAUUAUGAUCGAGCACAGAUGGUCUUCAGUCCUCCACUGUCAGGGUCCGACACCUAUCCCAGAGGCCCCACCAAACUACCUCAAAGUCAAAGCAAAGUGGGCUACUCUUCAAGUAGCCACCAGUAUCCUGGGUACCACAAAGCAUCCCUAUACCAUCAUCCGUCCCUGCAAACCAGUUCUCAGUACAUCUCCACCGCUUCUUACUUGAGCUCUCUCAGUAUCUCCUCGAGCACCUACCCUCCACCCAGCUGGGGCUCCUCUUCAGACCAGCAGCCCUCUAGGGUAUCCCAUGAACAGUUUCGAGCUGCCCUGCAACUGGUGGUCAGCCCAGGAGACCCCAGGGAAUAUUUGGAUAACUUUAUUAAAAUCGGAGAAGGGUCGACAGGCAUCGUGUGCAUUGCAACAGAGAAGCACACAGGCAAGCAAGUGGCGGUGAAGAAAAUGGACCUCCGAAAGCAACAGAGACGGGAACUCCUUUUUAAUGAGGUCGUGAUAAUGCGUGAUUACCACCAUGACAAUGUAGUUGACAUGUAUAACAGCUACCUUGUUGGAGAUGAGCUCUGGGUGGUCAUGGAGUUUCUAGAAGGUGGUGCCUUGACAGACAUCGUCACUCAUACCAGAAUGAAUGAAGAACAGAUAGCUACUGUCUGCCUGUCAGUUCUGAAAGCGCUGUCCUACCUUCAUAACCAAGGAGUGAUUCACAGGGACAUAAAGAGUGACUCCAUUCUUCUGACAAGCGAUGGCCGGAUAAAGUUAUCUGACUUUGGCUUCUGUGCUCAAGUUUCCAAAGAGGUGCCAAAGAGGAAGUCACUGGUGGGUACCCCAUACUGGAUGGCUCCUGAGGUGAUUUCCAGGCUACCUUAUGGGACAGAGGUGGACAUCUGGUCCCUCGGGAUAAUGGUGAUAGAGAUGAUUGAUGGUGAGCCUCCCUAUUUCAAUGAGCCUCCUCUGCAGGCCAUGAGGAGGAUCCGGGACAGUUUACCUCCAAGAGUGAAGGACCUGCACAAGGUUUCUUCCAUGCUCCGAGGAUUCCUAGAUCUUAUGUUGGUGAGGGAGCCCUCUCAAAGAGCCACAGCUCAAGAACUUCUUGGACAUCCAUUCUUAAAAUUGGCAGGCCCGCCAUCUUGCAUCGUUCCCCUCAUGAGACAAUAUAGGCAUCACUGAGAGGAGUCACAUAAGAUGCAAAGCUAGGCAAAGACAUAAAAAUGAUUCAGGAGAACAUGAGGAGACCCACAAAACAUGCAAAGACCUGUGUAUUCUAAACCAGCUGAUUGGUGGGACAGUGUGAUGACCUGACCGGCAGGGUUCGACAGACCAGGGCAUCUUCUAGUGUCUUAAAUAGUAGGCAUCUCUCCACUAACAGCUGGCAUGGUCAAUUGGAGCAUGGCUUUAAUAAGUCAUUAUUAUACAUUUUCAGCCCUUCUUCCAGUGAAUCAGAAGGACUCAGUACAAACUCCGUUACGAUAUAUCCUAGCCACAUGCAGGGUACCAUAUAGGAUUUUCUAUUAUUGAAAGAAUACUUUUCUGGCAAAAAAAAAGAUAAAGAAAGGAAGAAAAGAAAAUAAAAAGCACUUUUUUUCUUAAUGGUAGCAGUGUAAUGUAUUUUGCAAUGAAUUUGUAAUUUUUCUGUACAAUAGUUUUGAUAAUUUAUAGUACUUUGAUGUCACGUAGCCAUUGUCUCGGUUGAAGUAAUACUUGUUUACUAGCAGGCGUUUGAACAAAGCCUUUCCUACUUUUUUAUCCCUUUCAGAGAACCAACGAUUCUUUAGGAACUUUGAAUACUAAAUGACCCUCAGUCACCGUCAGCUUUAGCAGAAUAUCUUUCUUAUCUUAACAAGUGUCUUAUGUGGUGGAGGAAGAGUUAAGGGGGAUGGUGGUGGUGCGGACACUUCACUUACCCAACCAAAUAUAACGAAAUAACAUUUGAGCCACAGAAUUGCCAUAUGAUUCCUUGAGAUGAUGCUAAGUAUUUUGAAAAAUUACAUAUUCCUGCAAAGAUUCUGGUAACACCAUUUUUUUUCUUUUGUAGAACCAGAUAUUACCCUUGAUGCCUCCCUUCAAAUAGGUGUGGCAUCCUCAGUGGCCAAAUUUCCCUCCCAGGGAGUAAUUUUAAUGCUGGGAUCUUUGGACUCAGAUCCCCAGGUAGAAUGUUUCAGUGAGACCAUGGAAAUGCCAGGCUCACAAAGGGAGAAUGAAUAAGGCAAGUUGUUUGGUCCGUCACUGUUUCUAAGACUCUGUAUGCUAGCACACCAAACUCUUGUCUGUAUUUACCUUCAUGCCACAGUAUUAAUCACUGUUAUUCAUGUAUUGUGCUGAAAGUCUGAACGGAUGAUAGAGGAUGAAUUAGCAAGGGGGUACUUUACCAAGUAUGGUCUAACUUCCGUGGUGGCCGUGUUAUAAUGUGUUUCUGACAUAAGGAGAGUUUGUGCUGCUGUCUCGAUCUUCCUGAAUGUUGAUAAAAAUGAAUGACUACUACAAUACAUUUUGUGUUGCUUGUUGGAUGAAUUUGCAUGUUAACUGUAGGCCAAUAUAGAUUUGCCUUUAAAACUCUGGAAGCGCUACAUAGUCAUCAUUAGUUUCUAUUAAUUAUGCAUCAGACAAAAGCCAUUUGUUACCAAACUGGAAAACCAGAGGCUUUACUUAGUGACUUUGCAGACUGUAACAAAUGGGAAAAUAAAUUUGUGAAGAUACUCUGGUUGAUCUAAGCAUAAUUAAGAUUUUUUGUAAUUAAUAGGUUGAUAAUUAUUUAUUAUAGUUUAAAAGGAAAAAAGGCAUAAAAUGACCUUCUGCUGAUUAGCUGUUCAGUUUUAACCCAAACUGGAAAUGCUUUACAAUCAAUAGAAUCUAUAACUUUGUUUUAUAAAACACAGAACAUCAAUGUUUUAUGAAAACUGUUAAAAGUCUUAAUAUAAAUAUGUAAGAAUAACAGCAAUCUCAAUCCCCAAAAUUGCAAUCCUAAAAUGUCACAAAACAGAAUGUCAUAAUUCAGCCAGGACUAUGUAGGAGAGGAAAGAAGAGUCAAUCAGAAUCACUUUUAACCAGAAUCAACAUUAAAAAAAUUCAUUGCAAAAUCUGCAAAAAAAAAAAAAUAGCAGAUUUUGGACUCAAACAACUUUCGACAGUGUAAUGGAAAUUUUUUUCUGUAAUUUUCUUAUCAAUGGGCAUUUUUUACAGUAUUCGGUGAGUUUACUAAAUGUUACUGUAGCUUAAAGGAAUCUGUGAGCAGUGAGCAUUGGCAGAAGCUGCACCACAAAUAAAGUAAGUGUUUGCCUUUUUCCCACCGUGCUAUUGGA